UUUUCAUUAUAAUAUAAUGAAAAAUAAAUAUGAUAAAAAUAUAUCAUUGAUUUAUACUGACACAGAUUCAUUACUAUACCGCAUAAAAACAAAUGAUUUUUUCAAUGAUUUAAAAUAUGAUUUACUAAAACAUUUCGACACCUCCAAUUAUCCGCAUAAUCAUUCUUGUUUCAAUUCUAAUAAUGAAAGCAUACCUGGUUAUUUCAAAGAUGAAUUAAAAAGUGAAAUAAUGACCGAAUUUGUAUCGUUGCGCUCUAGAUUGUAUGCUUACACAGUGAACGGUGUUGAAUAUAAAAGAGCGAAAGGUGUUAAAAAAUAUAUUGUGAAAAAACAGAUGUCUUUUGACAAUUAUAAAAAUAUUUUAUAUUCAUUUAUAAAUCAAAACGAAAAUAAUACUGUAGGAGGUGAUAGUAGUAAGAUAAUAGAGAAUCGUAACAUUAAUUUAAUACAAUCAACCAAACAUCAAGUGUAUUCAAAAUCUGUAAGUAAAGUCGUUUUAAGUGCAAAUGACGACAAAAGAGUUAUAUUAAAAGGAG